CUCAUUCCGCUGAGUUCCUUCAGCAUGAACCGGUCUGGUACCAUGCUCUGCGUUCUACCGUCAGACUGAGUUGUUUUCUCCAUGGUUUACUGAACUGGAUCUUUGAACUUUUCUGCAAAGUUGGAACUCUGGCUCACCCGAACCGAACCAUGAUCCCAGAACUUCAUGGUACCGGGGAGAUCAGAAGCAGGCUGAGGAACCCCAGUCCAGGUGGUACCGCCGGCGGGGCGAACCAGGCCCGUUUUGUCAGGGGCUUGCUUGGACAGAUCCAGACGCCCAUCAGGACGGAACCGUUCACCGAGAACUACCGCAUCAUCCCGGGCCAGGAGCUGGGCAGGGGGAAGUUUGCUGUGGUUAGGAAGUGUGUGGAGAAAUCUACAGGCCGUGAGUAUGCCGCCAAGUUUAUAAGGAAGAGACGGAAAGGUCAGGACUGCCGGACGGAGAUCAUCCAUGAAAUCGCCGUGCUUGAGCUGGCCACAGCCAGUCCACGGGUGGUCAACCUCCACCAGGUCUACGAGAUGGCCUCAGAGAUGGUACUUGUUCUUGAGUACGCUGCCGGAGGGGAAAUCUUCAACCAGUGUGUGUCGGAUCGAGACGAUGAGGCCUUCAUGGAGGAUGAUGUGAAGAGACUUCUGAGGCAGAUCUUAGAGGGAGUCUCCUUCUUUCAUCAGAACAGCUUGGUCCACCUCGACCUGAAACCUCAGAACAUCCUGCUGACCAGCAGCUCUCCUCUGGGCGACAUUAAGAUUGUGGACUUUGGGCUGUCCAGGAAGCUCAGCAGCCACCAUGAGCUCAGGGAAAUCAUGGGAACCCCAGAGUACGUGGCCCCUGAGAUUCUCAACUACGAGCCUAUCAGCACUGCAACAGACAUGUGGAGCAUCGGAGUCCUGGCCUACAUAAUGCUGACGGGAAUCUCUCCAUUCCUGGGUGACGACAAACAGGAGACGUUUCUCAACAUCUCUCGGCUGAAUGUGAGCUACAAUGCUGAGGAGCUGCAGCAGCUGGACCGCGCCGCCCUGUCGUUCAUCCAGAUGCUGCUGCGCAGACGGCCUCAAGAGCGGGCCACGGCAGAGCAGUGCCUCACACACCCCUGGCUUCAGAGGACUGGGCCCCCGAUGGAGGAAAAACCAGAGAGGUCCAGCAUCAGCAGCCGGGCGCCUGGCCGCAGCACAGAUGAAGAUCCAGAGGGAGGAGGGGCGGUGACUGAGGAGCUGAUUGUCAUGGCGGCCUACACCUUAGGUCAGUGCCGCCAGUCAUCCAGCUCGUCCUCUGAAGAGGCGGUGGAGCAGAAGGCCAUCACCUCUAAACGCUUCAAGUUUGAGGAGCCAUUCAGCGUCCUGCAGGAGGUCCCUGGAGAAUUCAUCUACUGACCAGAAACCUUUUUAUUAAACCAAGAUUUUAUCUGAAUCUUUUAUUUAACUUGCUCGAUUUAAGUGACUUUUUAUUGGUUCCCUUCCUCAUAUUUUUCCCAAUAAUGCACCAGAAGACGACCGAUCAGCGAACAGGACGUCCAGAACAAAGGCUUCAGAUUGGACGUGUUUGUUCCCAGUGGUGCUGCAGGUUCUGGAGAUGCUAAAGGAGGUUUUCGUUAAAAUCCAGUUUAGUUACAGACAACCUAAGAGGAACAGGAAACUUAUUUUAAAGUCACUAAACUGUCAGCAAAAACAUGGCAGCCUGAUGGGAGCAGACCAUCGUUCUGAUCUGCCCAGUUACUAAAAUCCAGCUUGUGUUUAUUAUCUAAUCAAACCCGUUAAAUUAGUUUUUUAUGUUAAACUUAGCUGUUAAAUAAAAACAUUUUUAGUCUCAGCUUAACAGCACCAAGCUUAACCACUAAGGCAGCAUACCUGAAAGGCUUUGUUUCUGCUGUAAGCAAAGAGGAUGGUUUGUUAAAGGAAGGUUGAAUAAAAAGAAGUGAAAAACAUCUUGACCUAAAAAAGGGGUUCUAGAUUCACUUUUCUUUUUUCUAAGGUUUUAUUUCAAUUUUUUUCCCCUCUAAGUUUUGUUUUCAAAAAGGUUUUAUGGCUGUUAUUUUUUUUUUUUUUUCAAAUUUCUCCUUUUUUUUAGAUUCUAAGGAUCUUAAGGUUCACAUUCUGUUCACUUUAAGCAAAAAUCAAACAUUUGCUUUUAGUGAACAUUAAAAAUGUCUUUGCUGAUGUCUAUGAAAAGCUUCUUGGCUCCACUGUUCAGAGGAGAACACAACACGAGCCGUACUUCUGAAAAAGAGAAAUAAAACUACAUUAUAU